CCUAAACUACCAUACUUAUAAAAAAAAUUCUCAAAAUACCUAAGUUUGGAGUGGUUCGAGUUUGAGGAACUCGAACUACUAACCGGUUCGAGUGUAGGAGACUCGAUCUAGUCGUAGAUCGAUUAUAUAAGUCUCGAACCAUGUGGGACUGAAGUGGUUCGAGUUCAGUGAACUUGAACCACUCCUUUGAAAUUUCCAACAGCCUUAACUUUGUGCUCGGUUAUUCCUAGUAAAUGUUGUAGUACUCAAAAUAUUAUACAAAAUAGAAAAAACUUUGCGACGUUCGGAUUGUGGAGCACAAAGUUAUGAUCCUCCAAAGUUUGACAAAUUCAGAAAUUUGCUCGUUUAUGGGUAGCAAAUGACGUUUUCUCGGAAGAUAGCCAUCCAAAAAUUUCUCGUUUGGAAAAAUAUUGCUCUUUUGGCAGGAAUUCCCUAUAUAUAAAAAAUUUUCUCGUACCUUCGCCCUGAGAAAACGUCAUUUGUUACCCCUAAACGAGCAAUUUUUUGAUUUUGUCAAACUUUAGAGGAUCAUAACUUUGUGCUCCGCAAUCCGAACGUCGCAAAGUUUUUUUUUUUAUUUUGCAUAAUUUUUUGAGUACUACAACAUUUACUAGGAAUAAAUUUUCAAAAUAGGAAUAUUUUUAAGUAUAAGGGGUUUUGGAGUAAAUUUAUCUUUAAUUUUCACAUUUUCACAUAUAUUCUGAAAAUAUUUCUAUUUUAAAGUUGUAGUCCUCGAAAAGUUUUGCGAAAUGAAAAAAAAAGUUUGCUACGAUCGGAUAACCGAGCAUAAAGUUAAGGUUGUUGGAAAUUUCAAAGGAGUGGUUCGAGUUCACUGAACUCGAACCACAUCAGCCCCACAUGGUUCGAGGCUUAUAUCAUCGAUCUACGACUAGAUCGAGUCUGCUACACUCGAACUGGUUAGUAGUUCGAGUUCCUCAAACUCGAACCACUCCAAACUUAGGUAUUUUGAGAAUUUUUUUUAUUUAUAAAUGUGGUAGUUUAGAAAUUUGUUUUACUUGUACGUGUAUUUAGGGAAUUAUUCCUAUCGUACCGAUUGCAUUCGAUGCAAAUCGUUGGAGCUUACGGAUUCUGUUGCUAGCCUUUGAACUGAUGGAUCUCUUGUGUGCCAGAAGAAUAUUCUCUCUGUUGACGUAAUUUUGACCAAAGAGGUCAAUGGUUAAGUCUCUUCCUUAAGUAUGUUCAUAAUUUUUAGAUUAAAUAUAACCUUUAUAAUUAACCACAGAAAAAUGAUUUUGAUGACCUUUAUUGGUAGAAUGUUGACUUUCAACUCUAUUUUUCUCCACCGAAUGCCGCACACUGUCAACAGCCACUGGGCCCCACCCCUGUCUCUCUCCUCUGCGUUGCCGUGCCGUCGUCUUCCGGCGAAAGUCCUUUUUUUGUUCAAUAUUUAUAUAUAAUCAACCAGAAUUCCCAACUCCCACCAUUUCUCUUCUUUCUUCGAUACUACUGCUGCCCAUCAACCUCUUCCCCAAGAAUAAUCGAACAACAAUAAUCCUUGCUUCCGAUGUCAAUGGAGGCCGUGCCCAUUCCGCUGGCCGAGAAGCCGAUAGAGCUCAGGGCGGUGGAGGCACUGGGUAAGGGCUUCGACCUCAGCAGCGAUUUCAGGCUGAAGUUCGCCAAGAGCGCCGGCGGGAGGCUGGUUGCGCUCGACGAACGGAAUAAGAGGGACAUUGUCAUCCCCUCCGCCGGCGGCGCGGGCGUUACCGUGCCUGGUGUCUCCGAGGAUGUUCGGGUGGAUAGAGGGGAUCGGAUUCGGUUCAAGUCCGACGUCCUUGAGUUCAAUCAGAUGUCAGAACUGAUGAAUCAGAGAUCUUCAGUGCCAGGAAAAGUUCCUUCUGGCUACACCAAUGCUCUGUUUGAUUUGAGUGGAGAUUGGCUCCAUGAUGCCACCGACACCAAGUAUCUUGCUUUUGAUGGUUACUUCAUCUCGUUGUACUACUUGCACCUGACGGCAUCUCCACUGGUGCUCCAAGACAAAGUAAAGAAUGCAGUGCCGCCUCGUUGGGAUCCAGCAAUGUUAUCCAGGUUCAUUCGUACAUAUGGCACGCACAUAAUUGUAGGGAUGGCAAUUGGAGGUCAGGAUGUUAUUUGUGUUAGACAGAAACAUUCAUCCACCAUUCCUCCUGCCGACCUCAGAAAGCAUUUGGAGGAUCUUGGAGAUUUUCUCUUUUCUGAUAGAAGAAGUCCAUCCCUGAUGCAGAGAAAUGCGAGAGAUGGGAAACAAAAGGUACCUGAUGUUUUCAAUAGGAUUCUGCAGUCAAACACCAUGCACCUGACCAGCAUUACAGAAACAUCAAGCAAGGAGGGCCUCACCAUUGUUUGUUCGAAAAGGGGUGGUGAUGUGUUCUCACACAGUCAUUCUAACUGGCUACAAACAGUACCUGCAAAACCAGAAGCAAUCCUCUUCAAGUUUGUGCCAAUUACUUCUCUUCUUACUGGGGUCCCUGGCAGUGGUUAUCUUAGUCAUGCUAUUAACUUGUAUCUACGAUACAAGCCUGCCCCAGAUGAUCUGCAAUUCUUUUUGGAGUUCCAAGUACCAAAGCAAUGGGCACCUAUGUUCUGUGAGUUACCUCUACGGCAUCAAAGGAAGAAGGCUUCAUCCCCAUCUCUGCGGUUCAGCUUUAUGGGACCCAGGCUUUUGGUUAGUUCCACUCAGGUUUCAAGUGACCAAAAACCAGUGGUUGGGUUGCGUUUGUAUCUAGAAGGGAAGAAAUGCAACAAGCUGGCAAUACAUCUCCAGCAUCUCUCAAGCCUUCCAAACCUCAUGAACACAUCAUCAUCCAACCCUGCCACCGUCUCCAGACCAUGCCAAUGGCAAGGCUCCGACCGGUAUCCAUCCAGCGACCAAUUCUUAGAACCCGUGAGGUGGAAGCGAUACUCGAAGGUCUGCACGUCCGUAGUCAAGCACGACCCAACAUGGCUCCACGAUGGAGGAGUUUUCGUUGUAACUGGCGCACAGCUUCUCAGCAAAGGCAAAUGGCCCAACUCGGUACUCCACUUGCGCCUGUCAUUCACACACUUGCCCCACUGCAGCAUCCGGAAGACCGAAUGGGCAGCUGUCCCAGAAGCACCCCAUAAGACGAGCAUCCUCACGAACAUCAGCACGACAUUCACAUUCACUCAACGAACACCUCCUGGCCAGGACAAACAGGCUGGCGCUCCAGCAGCUCUGAAUUCUGGAGUGUACCCAGAUGGUCCUCCAGUUCCAGUCAGCUCGAGGAAGCUUCUGAAGUACGUGGAGACAGCUGAGAUCGUUCGCGGUCCACAUGACACACCAGGACACUGGUUGGUAACAGCCGGUAAGCUAGUGGUCGACAGUGGGAAGAUUGGUUUGCAGGUGAAGUUCGCGCUGCUGGACUAUCCAGAUAGUUAGAGUUCGAGUAUGUGUGUAUAAUA